AUGAUGAGUGACAUCAUCAAGGCAUUCGACAGUCAACAGGAGCACUCAGUUUCCAUCUUGACGGCAAUCAACACAGCCCAUCGUGCUUGGCGUCACGUGACCUCAUCGUGUAUCGUGAACUGUUUUGCAAAGGGUGGGUUCAAAAGUGCUGCGUGUUCUGAGAGUUCUGACGACGAAGACGACAACACCCCGUUAGCAAAUCUACAGACAGUGUGGAAUGAACUAGUGAGAGCCAUGCCAGUGCCAGAUGGUGUCACUCUGGAAGAUUAUCUCACUGCAGACGAGCAAGUUGUAAUCACCGAACAGCUGACAGAUGACGACAUCGUUUCAGAGAUUAUCGGAAAACGAGACGGCCACAGUGAUUCUGAACCAGAGGACGAUACACAGGAGCCACCCGAACAGCCAACGCCCACAGCAGUUGAAACGCACAAGGCACUCGAGACAGUCAGACUGUUUUUUCACAGCAAAGGAGAUAUUCGAUUGCCAGUAUUUGACAGCAUUGCGGACAUUGACUCGGCAUUAGAAGUUAUGCGUCCAACGCUAAGUAAACAAACCACGAUUAGUGAUUACGUGACGAAACGUGAUUAG